CUCGAUCUCUCGGCCGGCGACUGCUCUGGCCUAGCGCGGGGCUCGCUUAGUGCUGCCUUCCCGCCUUCACGUGCUCCAGAGCAAUGGCGGCCUCCGUGAGGGUCGGCAGCGCGGCCCCGGUGCCCGCCUCAGGCCGAGGCCGUGCACGGCACGUGGCACAGCAGGUUCCUGAGGAGAUCCUUGGGAACGUGGAGCUACGGGAGGCGGCGGAAGCCCUGCCCCGAAACUACAACUUUGAGAUCCCCAAGACCAUCUGGCGCAUCCGGCAGGCUCGGGCCAAGAAGGUGGCCCUGCAGAUGCCAGAAGGGCUCCUCAUGUUCGCGUGCACCAUCGCAGACAUCAUUGAGCGGUUCACCGACGCUGAGGCGGUGGUGAUGGGCGACGUGACCUAUGGUGCGUGCUGCGUGGAUGACUACACCGCGCGGGCCCUGGGUGCUGACUUCUUGGUGCACUAUGGACACAGCUGCUUGAUUCCCAUCGACACCACGCAGGGGCUGAAGAUGCUCUACGUGUUCGUGGACAUCAAGAUCGACACAGCCCAUUUCCUUGAGACCAUUCGCUUCAACUUCCCAGCGGGCACCUCCCUGGCCCUCGUCAGCACCAUCCAGUUUGUCUCCACAGUGCAGGCAGCAGCGCAGGAGCUGCGCUCCCAGUACAAGGUGUGUGUGCCCCAGUGCAAGCCGCUGUCCCCAGGGGAGAUUUUGGGCUGCACAUCACCACGGCUUGCCCAGGAUACAGAUGCCAUUGUGUAUUUGGGCGACGGGCGCUUCCACCUGGAGUCCAUCAUGAUUGCCAACCCCGGGAUACCUGCCUACAGGUAUGAUCCCUACAGCAAGGUGUUCUCCCAGGAGCACUACAGCCACGAGCGCAUGCACUGUGCCCGGCAGGACGCCAUCUGCACCGCUGCCACUGCCCGCUCCUGGGGGCUCAUCUUGGGCACGUUGGGGCGACAGGGCUCCCCCAGCAUCCUGCAGCACCUGGAAUCGCGUCUCCAUGCCCUGGGUUGGCCCUUCGUAAGGGUGCUGCUGUCUGAGAUCUUCCCCAGCAAGCUGCAGCUCUUCCCUGAUGUGGAUGCGUGGGUGCAGGUAGCCUGUCCUCGCCUGUCCAUCGACUGGGGAGAAGCCUUCAGCAAGCCCCUGCUGACACCCUAUGAGGCCAUGGUGGCUCUCCAGGACAUCGAGUGGCAGCAGCCUUACCCCAUGGACUUCUAUGCCAGCCAGUCCCUGGGGCCGUGGACGGUGAACCACGCUGGCACACAGCCCCUGCGCCAUGGCAGGGUGCCCCAGGGGAAGCCACCCGUGCCCCCCAGCCCAGUGGAGGACGGGCAGAGCACCAGUAAGGACGGGCAGAGCAUCAGCACCCCAGCAACCUCCUAAGCACAGCCUGCGCCCCAGUCUGCUGUCGCCAUGCUCCCGGACCCGGCACAGGCACAGCGGGCAGCACCAUUGUUCCCCCCUCCUCGACGGUAAGCAUCACCGGGGGCUGCCGGUACCAGCACCGGGAUGGAUGGGGUGCAUCCCAUACCUUGACUGGAUGACAGUACGAUGGACGAGCCUUCCUGC